UGUGUGUGUGUGUGUGUGUGUGUGUGUGUGUGUGUGUGUGUGUGUGUGUGUGUGUGUGUGUGUGUGUGUGUGUGUGUGUGCUCGCUCGCUCGCUCGCUCGCAGGUCGCCAGCUAAUCACAGGCCGAUGUAAAAUAAAAUGUGUGAAGUCUCUUUACUCGUUCACAUUUAUGAACCUCAUCAAAAAAAAAAACAUGUCGUUACCUGGUACGGAUCACCCCUGACACCCCGGAGAGCGGGUCAACCCUGACCUUCCACUAGCCCAUCCACGACUGGAAUGGGGAGCGACUCUGAAGCUUCAGCUCAGUGUGUGUGUGUGUGUGUGUGUGUGUAUGUUAUAAAUGCAGCUCAGUGUGUGUGAGCAGCUGAUCCUGCUGAAGUCGUCGUCGCUGCAGCUUCAGGUGAUCGCAGGUCCUGAGACAAGGAGACACAAUAAGACACGAUAAUAAUAAGACACCAGGUAAGAAGGAGACACCAUGAGUCCGAAACAAGUCGUCUUCAAAAAAGCUUCCCGCGACAAGUCGGUCGCGGUCUACUUGGCCAAGAGAGACUUUGUGGAUCACUGUGACAUUGUGGAUCCAGUGGACGGAGUGAUCUUCAUUGACCCGGUUCUGCUCCAAGGAAAGAAAGUGUACGUGAUGCUGUCGUGCACGUUCUGGUACGGCCGUCAGGACGAGGACGUGAUGGGCGUGGCCUUCAGGCGGGACUUGUUCCUCGUGACCCGGCAGGUUUACCCCGAGCUGCAGGACAAAGACAAACUCACUCACACAAAGACCCAGCAGAAGCUGCUGCGGAAGCUGGGAGACAACGGCUUCCCCUUCUUCUUCGAGUUUCCAGACAAUCUGCCGUGUUCCGUCGCUCUGCAGCCCGGACCCUCCGACGUGGGGAAGAAAUGUGCUGUGGAGUUUGAGGUGAAAGCGUUUUGUGGUCAAAGCCAAAACGAGAAGAUCGACAAAGAGAGCUCAGUUCGUCUCAGUAUUCGUAAGAUCCAGUUCAGUCCAGAGAUCAGUGAACUGGUUCCAUCAGCAGAGACGACCUUCGAGUUCCUGAUGUCUGAGGAACCUCUGACCGUCAAACUGAGUCUUCCUAAAGAGACGUUUUACCACAGUGAGCCGGUCACAGUGAACGUUGACGUCACCAACUCAUCCAGCAGGAACAUCAAAGACAUCAGUGUGUCAGUGGAGCAGGUGACGAACGUCGUCCUUUACUCCAACGAUAAAUACGUGAAGUCUGUGGCCAAAGAGGAGACGAAGGACUCUGUCCCAUGUGGGACGUCUCUGAAGAAGCAAUACACACUGUUUCCUGUUCUGACUCACAACAAAGACCGCAGAGGACUGGCUCUGGACGGACGACUCAAACAUGAGGACACAAACCUGGCUUCAUCCAGCAUUGUGAAGCAGGAAGUGAUGAAGGAGGUCCAGGGGAUCCUGGUGUCCUAUAAGGUGGUUCUGAGGAUGAUGGCCUGUGGGACAUUGGCAUCUAGUGAGGUGUCUCUGGAGGUUCCGUUCAGACUCAUGAAUCCUAAACCUGAACCAGAUGCAUUGUGGGAAACAGUGUGAGUUCACUAUAUCAUGGAUAAGGGUCCAUCUGCAGCCGCAGCCACACGGCAGAACACGCCCACGGCACGACACGCCCAUUUCACUGUACGUCACGGCACGACACGCCCAUUACUCGUACGUCAUGGCACGACACGCCCAUUACUCGUACGUCACGGCACGACACGCCCAUUACUCGUACGGCACGACACGCCCAUUACUCGUACGGCACGACACGCCCAUUACUCGUACGUCACGGCACGACACGCCCAUUACUCGUACGUCACGGCACGACACGCCCAUUACUCGAAGACUUCACUAUGGUGGUUUCGGAAGACAAUGCAUCAUAACCGAUUUUUUUUUUAAAAGAAAAAGAAAAGGUGAAUGUGGCUUAGGAUGACAACAUAAUUUGAAAAAUAGAUUUAAAUAUAGGUAUUUAUCAACUAAUAACCAGGAAUAAUUUGAUUUGAUUUUUAAUUAAUUAGACAGUUGGUUUAUAUGUUGGAAAAGGGAUGAGGAGAACAAAUUAUUUUGUGUCACCCCUUCUCCCUACUACUAAUGAACAGCUUCAUUAUAUUUCAAUGAAUGAAACCUGUAGCUCUAUUAAUAUUAAUAAUAUAUAUUUAUCUUAAUUUAUGCUAAACUUGUACAAUUUAAAUAAUGUAACCAAGCGUUUAUUGUUGCGCCUUUAAUGAAUCAUUUAUACAAAAUAAUAACACAGAGACGUUGUAUGAACCAGAGUGAACCAAGACAACAACUUUAUUUAUCACCAUCAAACACACUACAGAGCAUCCGCUCCCUUCUUCUGUUCUGCCCUUCACAAUAAAAGCCCAACUUAAAAUCACUCAGCAUUUUGCUAUGAGGCAACUCAAAAACAGAUUCCAAAUUAAAUGUUGUGCGACAUAAAUAAAAUAGCGACCAGGCUGUGGGGGCGCAGGUCCUUUAAGGAGAUGAAGAACAGGCUCGUUCAGACUGUGUGGCUGCAGCCUGGAGCCUCUCGUCUCGUGCCUCUUCAAAAUGAAAAGUUUUGUCUGGUAUGCUUCUUCUUCGUACUAAUCAUACUAAUGAAUAAAAUAC